GUUCGCGUUUGAAGGCAUUGGGGGCCUUGCUGGAAUUGUCUUCGAUCUCUUUCGUUGAAGCUUCUUCCUCUCUUCGUUCUUCUCGCAUCUGGCGACGACUUUAAGAAUCCUAUUUGUUCUUGUUGGAAAGUAUCAAAAUUCAGCAGCUCCGAUCUUCAAUCCAGCAGCUCCGAUCUCGAACCUUGCCGCAGCCAUGAAUCCGGAAUACGACUACCUUUUUAAGCUUUUGCUAAUUGGAGACUCAGGUGUUGGCAAAUCCUGUCUUCUUCUGAGGUUUGCUGAUGAUUCAUAUCUCGAGAGUUACAUCAGUACCAUUGGUGUAGACUUUAAAAUCCGUACAGUGGAACAAGAUGGGAAAACCAUUAAACUCCAAAUUUGGGACACAGCUGGUCAAGAACGGUUUAGGACAAUUACCAGCAGUUACUAUCGUGGGGCUCAUGGCAUAAUUGUGGUCUAUGACGUAACUGAUGAAGAUAGUUUUAAUAAUGUCAAGCAAUGGCUGAGUGAAAUUGACCGGUAUGCAAGUGAUAAUGUAAACAAGCUUCUUGUUGGGAAUAAGUGUGAUCUAAAUACGCAGAGGGUCGUGACCUAUGAGAGAGCUAAGGAAUUUGCUGACGAGAUCGGGAUUCCGUUCUUGGAGACGAGUGCGAAAGAUGCAACCAAUGUGGAGUCAGCAUUCAUGGCCAUGACAGCUUCAAUUAAGGAUAGAAUGGCAAGUCAACCCACAUUAAACAAUGCACGGCCCCCUACUGUGCGGAUCGUAGGAGAGCCUGUCAAUCAGAAGUCCGGUUGUUGCUCGAGCUGAAAUGGAGAUUUAUAUUCUGUGGGAACAGUUCGUGUGUAAAACAAAACUUCUUCGUUCGACAUUCAAGUAGACAAUUCUGCAUGCUUUUGCCUCCCAAUGUUCAUUUCCCGAUCCUUGUUAGAACGCCAAUUCUUUCCACAAUUCAAUUAUAUAAGCAGCUUUUGUACAAAAAAACAUGUAGGGUGGUUGCUACAAGACCAUGUCUGUCUUCAUUGUUUUGAUUAUUUGUUCUCAUAAAAACCAAGGUGUGUUGCACCCUAUAUUGUCAAGGGCAAGCAGGGGACAAUUUCUGAAGGUAUUUGCUAUUUGUUCACCGUUUUUAGAGCCUCUUUAGAUGAUCU